GAGAAUACGGAAAUGCCAGAUGUUGCACGAUUGAAACUAAAUACUGUGUUUUAGCUAACAUAUGCAAAACGAAAAAAAAAGACAGUGAACUUAUUUCACUUUUUUUUCUUUAAAUUAGAUUCUGUUGGAUAUUGAUAAAUUUUUGGACAAGAUCUCUUCUACGAUUUUAUCCGUACAAUAAUUGGGACGGAAUCAAGGAAAAGGACUUAGACUACUUAAAGCUAUGCUAAACCCAUGAGAAUUUAUACGUGUUAGAGCCCAGUUACCUUUUUAAUAACAUAAGACUGUAUAUCCAAGAUACAACAAUGAAAUGGUGAAGCAGGGAGACAGGUUACAAACGUGAGAACGGUUUUCAAAAGUGAUGUACUCUUUCUUAUUCUACCGAAGACGACAGUGUUUAUCAAGCACGAAAUAUAUUGUGGAAAUUAUUCAUUCACAGCUGGACUGCAAGGAAAAUAAAAAAGGUGUUCCUCUUCAAAAUGAAUUCAGUUCGUACACGAGUGGUCUGUUUAUUUAGAUUAUGUUUUGUUCUCGUAGGAGUUAUGAUAUGUGUUAUGCCUUUCUUGCAAAUCUCUUACAUUCGAAGAAUAAUACCAAUUAGAGAUCAAAAGUUUAACGUUUCAGAUUUACGUAGUUUGCAAUCACUUGACACGCCUGUAGUUGUACUUGUAUUCAGUCAUCGUGAUUCAUUCAGUCGCCGAGAACAAAUUAGAAGAACUUGGGCAGAGGGACAUACGCACGUAUAUUUCAUGGUUAGUGAGCUGUAUUGUCCACAUCCACCAGAAAACCGCAUCUCUGGAAAAUGUAUCCCUAAAGGUAAAUCUGUGAAUGGAAAACACGUACAAAAAUAUUUAGCAAAAGAGGAAGCAGUUACAAGAAAACUUCGUAAUGAAUCAAACGUAGUGUUAUUACAUAAUGUAGACGUUUUCGAGGAUUUGCACAAGAAGGUAAAUGAAAGCUUAACUUGGGUCAUACGAAAAGUAAAUGCGCGAUGGAUUAUAUUUGUAGAAGAUUCAAUGGAUGUGAAACUAGGUACGUUAGAACGUUAUCUUUUAUCAGAAUUUGACGAAACUAAAAUCACUGUUUUAAUAGCGUUAUUGAAAUGUGAAUCUGCACUGGACAUAGGCAAACGGGUUCUGUCUUGUAAUUCAAGUUUAAAGCCAGAUUUUUUUACUCUAUAUCCCUGUGCUUUUAAUCACAUUGUAUCUCGACAAUAUGUUGCAUAUCUGCAAAACGGUGGGAAACAUAUAUUUCAUUAUAUUGACACGUAUAAUGGCAGUACAUUACGAGUUAACAAUUCUCCAUUUAUACAAUCUGUUCAUCGAGAAGAAGAUCCUGGUUUAAUUACAAUGAAUGAAAAGAGAAAUAGUACUGGAAUAAUAAUUCUAGACUUAAGCUUCAAACCCAACACAAGCUGUGUAAGAAUCAGAAAGGUAAAAAGUUCGCAAGAAAAUGAAACAGUAUAUACCUUGUCAGAAAACCCUUCAAACUACUUACAUUCGGAUAGAUUUGACUUAAUAGUCAAAAUGGUCUAUGCAUAUUAUUAUGUUUUGGAAAACAGAGUGCCACUUGUGAUUCAAGCUGCAUAUAUUGAACAUUUGAGAGUAUGGAAUCAUUUUAAGGAAGGUUGUAACUUGAGAAAAACUUGGUAUGAUGCAAAGAUAGCAUGUACUGCAAAGCAUAACAGUUCGGAUUUUCUUGCAUCGUUCCAUAAUACAAUAGAAACUAUUAAAAAGUAUGGCUUUAAUUCAAGCAUGUCAAGGAUUCCUGUUGAUAGAGACGGAUUUCUUAACAAUGGCGCACAUAGGACGUCUGCCUCCGUAAUUUUAUCCAAGAAUGCAACUUUCGAACAUCACACGUUUAAGCAACAUUCUGGCUGGGGAUAUAAACAUUUCAAAAGUUUAGGAAUGUCCGUAAAAUCUUUCAAUGUUGUCAUGUUAGAAUGGAUGAAAAUACAGAUGAAGCUGCCAUAUUUGAACACGUUCACUUUCAUUGUUUCAGUAUUUUCAAACAAUAGAAAGAAAGAUAUGGCAAUGCGUAAAAUUGUGAAAGAAAUGUGUUCAAAAGAUAAUGGCAUUUUAUAUGAGAUAACUAUAAACAUAUCAAAACAAGGAGCAAGGCAGUUAAUUUCCCAUAUGUACGGAGAGCAGUCUUGGCUGGAAGCAAAAAUUCAACAAAUGCAGUCAAAGUUUAAUUCAACAUAUAAUGUUUUGUUUCUCUUCGUGUAUGCGAAGGGCACAGGGGAUCUAGUUCAGUGUAAACAUGCAAUAAGAAAGCUUUACAAUGAUAAAGUUUUCAAAUCCACAGCUCACAUUCCAGAUAAUCCUGAAGAAAAUUUAAUUCUUUCAGAAAUGAUACUUAACCCUAACUCACUUCAUUUCAUGAAUCACGCUAAAAAUGUAUCCGACUGUAAGCUAAUUGCAAAAGAAGUUGCCAGUCGUUCAUCUAUAGCACCAAUAAGCACACUGCCAGGUAUCUGCGUGGGGAGAGAUGACGUCAUGAUUGACUCGGGAACAGUGCUUGGAUUUUUUGGUCUGCGCAAACGAACAGACGUUGACCUUUUAUUUUUACAUAAAGUUGACAAAGCUUUACUUGGAAAUGAUCAUGGAAUUUCUAUUCAAGCUCAUGCUUUUAAAAACAAUUCCAUUUCGAAGGAGCGUGCAUGGGGUGAGGAUCAUUUCAGUGACACUGGGCCAAAGGAUCAGUGGGAUUUGUUUUAUGAUCCUAUCAAUUUCGGUUACUGCUAUGGUAUUAAAUUCGUAUCGUUGAAACAGUUGGUUAGAUACAAAAUGAAGCGAAAGGAGCCGAAAAAGGAUGCAUUUGAUGUUGAACUUAUAAAUAGCUUUUGGAACACUACCAGUAUUAAUCAUUAAGAGUCCAUAUGGGAUCAUUCUCUCUCUCUCUCUCUCUCUCUCUCUCUCUUCCCAUCAAAACUGGAAGGUCGUUAUUUGUCAUAUGCUUUGUUAGUAUGAUUUGCAUUCAAGCAGAACAACAUGUAAAUAAUUUCUUGCAUAAAGGACAGGAAUUUCCUGUGUAUUCACAGAUGUUAGAAAACUCAAUCGUAUUACACCUGCGACCUGCGUUGUUGGAAGAUUACUUUCAUGCUUUAAAUAAUAUCGUAUUUGAUCUAAUCACAUUUGAAAUUGUCUAGUGGAUCUUUUAUGUAAACACAUGAUUUUAAUAUAAUACUUUAAUAGUUGCGCUUUGUGCCUCAAAAUAUAUUUCGUUAUCGAUUUAAAAAUUGAAAUUCUAAUAUGCUUUUUUUCUGUAAAAGCACGCUUACUCUAAAAUGACGUCACGUUAACGUGCGAUGACGUCAAUGUUUUUGUUGCGACCAAGAAAUAGCGCUAUGUAUUAUCUACGGUUUUAAGUUAAGGGCAUAUUAAAAUCGAAAUGAUGUAUAGCAAAAUCCUAAAUGAAUACAUUUAAAAUCGGUUAUACGUCGCCGGAAUAAUUCACUGUGAAAUUAUUCCGCAGACGUAUAACCUCUUUCCGUGUAUUAAUAACGUUAAAACACGGGUUUUCUAUAAAUUAUUUCUUUAAUACAUAUUUACGUUACGCUACAUAUGAAACUAAACGCUGAACUCUGUACUGUUGUGUACACCUUGACGUUGUUUCUGCUUAUGAAAGUACAUUCCCACGCUUUAUUUAAAUGCGCUUCUGUUACAAGAUAGUAUCGUAUAAAAAGUCAUGCCUUCGUUUAUUUGUUAUAAUUUGCUACAAGAUUAUUUUUGUCUUUUCACUAUAUUCUCUGCUAUUUUUGUGUUAAUUAGUCAGAAUAUGAUAUUUAAUUUUAUCUUAAGUUAGUUCUGCACGGUCCGAUCAAAAUUAUUUUUACAAUGUAAAAUUUGAUGAAACUGUGUUUUUAAUGAUUACCAUUCAAAACCUGUUACUGAAGGAGGUCUUUUCCUGUUGUUAGGGCCCGUUUUAGUUUAUGUCUUGUUGGUAUAUUAAUAUACUUGUUGCGAUUUAAUCUCCUUUUGGGUCCUUUUAGUUUUGCACAUGGAAGAAGGUCGUUUGCAAAUAGAUGCCAGGGUUGAUUUUGCUUCUUAUCGAAGGAAUCCUCGAUUGUUUAUACUUGCUGAUGUUUAAUAUAUGGACUUAAUUAUUCUAUACGCAUUUAGAUAUUUUGAGAGAAUACUUAUUAUAGUAUUUUGAGAUUUUUGAUGAGUGAUUUAAAUCUAUAAGUUAUGCAGUUUAUAUAGCAGGGAGGUAGGCAGGUAUUAUUUGCUUAUUUUUAAUAUAGUUUGUAUUUAUUGUACGGAUAUAUCUAUGUAAUUACCGAAGGAUUUAAACAUUAAAUUGAAUAAUAGCUUUUCUAUUAUACUUUGCAGUUAUCAUAAUGACUAUUUGUUUUGUGACCUGCUACAAUUUAAUCCUGCCACGUUGUUCCAAAUUCUCGACAUGCGGCGUUUAGGUCAGCCUCCACCAGUAUAUCUUAACGUUGUGUAAUAAGAGGUUUGUUUGUUUCAAGAAUACUUUAUUAGGCCUCUGUUCACAGGGCCUCCACAUCUGCAUUUUAAACAUAUACUUUAUAUCAUAUGUAUUUGUAUAUUGACAUUUAUGUGAAGCUGUGACCAAUUUCUGCCAACCAUUAAUUUAAACGAAAUUAGAUAUUAAUUGCUUGCUAUAGUAAAAUUGUUAGUAAAAGUAAUGUAUUCAUACAACUGUCUUGGGUUG